AUAACAUAGAGAGGGGAAGGAAAGGAAAGGAAAGGAAAGGAAGAGGGGAGUGGCUGGAGAUGGAGGAGGAGGGAACGAGAUUAGGCUCGAAGAAAAAGCUCCAGGAGGGCGAGGUCGACUACAAGACCAAGGCCGGCACCGCCUGGAGCCACUCAUAUCUUAACCAGAAGCCCUGGCACCCUCUCUCCUAUCCCAACCAGCGCCGCAAGUGGAUCGCCGAGCAAACUCACGCCCAUCGCGAGCGCCGCGCCGAAGAGAUCUCUCGCGAGUUCGCGCAGGAACAGGAGUUUUUUCGUCAGACCGCUCUCUUCUCGAAGAAGGAGAAAGAGAAGGUGGAGAUUAUGAAAGCUGUGAGUUUUAUGUAUGUACGCCCACCUGGGUAUAAUGCUGAGAGUGCUAAAGCUGCAGAAAUUGCGGAUGAGAAAAAGAGACUGGAUCAUAACACUCCAUCCCAAGAUCUUGCUGAAACUGCAUCAUCUUCAAUGCCUGCCCCUGUUUCUGAAAAGGCCAAGACUGGUGGUGAUAAGAAGUCUAGGCCUAAAGAUGUUUUUGGUCGGACUUUACCUACAGAAGAGGAAUUUCAAGUGCUGAAAAAUGCUCCUAGGAUGGAGACUGGUGUGCCAGUCAGGAUAAAGCCCUUUGGAGUUGAAAUUCGUAAUGUAAGAUGUGUGAGAUGCGGAACAUUUGGCCAUCAAAGUGGUGACCGUGAAUGCCCUUUGAAAGAUGCAAUAAUGCCCAAUGAAGAGAGCCGGUUGAAGAGGGAUGAUCCCUUAACAACAAUCAUGGCACAAACAGAUUCAAGUGAGCCUUUGAAAUGGGAACUGAAGCAAAGACCAGGUAUGAGUCCUCCUCGAGGUGGUUUUGAACCAGAUGAUCCCAACCAGCAAAUUAUAGCUGAUGAUAUAUUUGAUGAAUAUGGAGGUUUCCUCAAUGGUAGUGGUAUUCCUGCUCUGCUUUCAAACUUCUCGGCCAGCAAAACUAGGAAGCACUCGAAACAUAGAACAAGGAGCAAGCAUCAAUCAUCAACAAUACUUGGUGCUCAGUCCAACAAGGCUCAACAUGACAAGCAUUUGUCCUCAUUAUCAUCAUCUUCUGAUUCUGACACUCGCAAGAAAAGGAAAUUGAAGGGCAAGCAUAGAAAGCAUAAGCGGCGGCGCUCAGAAUCAAGUUUGUCUCAAAGUUCAGACUCAGAUUCAUACAGCAGACGACACCAUCAUAGGGUGCACCAUCGGCACCAGCACGGGCAUCAGAACUCAGGUCCUACAUACAAGUCAGAUUAAGCAAUGAGCAUACUUGACAAAUGAGACGAUUCAUAUUGAGACCACAUUGUGAAAACUGUAACCUGAAGAACAUCUUCUCUGGCUAUUCUUGCAUUUCCCAUCAUCACUGGCUAUAUGGAGUUACUGAUCUAUAUGUCCGUAGAUGAGGAAAAGGCAGUAUGUAGGUUCUUUUGUGUGAUCAUGAAAUAUGAACAAGCUGUAAUAUUCCUGGAAAAAGGCUGAAUUUCUGAGCUCUUUGUAUUCAUGCUUUAGUGAACGGAAAUGAAGUGUGGAAGUAGGUGUGUUCAAUUGUUGGUUCACAAUUAAACUGAAUUUAGAUAACCA